CCACUAGGGGUUCGAACCUCUGCUCAGACGGUCGUAAUUUCGAUCCCCGUUUGAAUUGGCCGGGGAUCGAUCGGAGGGGAUAUGUAGAGGCGUUUUAUGGAUGCGGAGCGGUGUAAAACGCUGACGGCUGUACGCAUUUUACACCGCUCCGCAAUUGACUCACCGUAAUCAGUACACAUUGACAUAACGUACAAAUGUGCUUCUCGUACUAAAAUAAUAAUAAGCAGAUAACCCUUCAUUACAAUGUAUGAAGGAUGAGAAUUAGUCUAAAGAGUGACAAUACGUGGUUCGUAAUUACCACACACGCUACAGAAUAGAAAAUACUUCGUUGUUUAUAGUGCGGUAGUAUAAAAAAUAUGAAGUAAAAAUAAUAUUAAUAAUUUAACUCAAUAAUUAUAAGCACUUUCUUAUUUAUUAACUUAUUUAAAUACUAUUUUCGAAUAGUAAAUUGUUUGAUUCAAGAUAUAGUAGAUUGAUAGAGUAAUAGCAGUAAAAUUGAUAUUAGUGAAGUGUUAAUGUGGUUACUAUAUGUAUAAGAAAGUAUACGGUCCAGAUGAGAGGCUAGCGGAGAACGAACGUGUAUGGAUGGUAAGGGAGAGUACGAUCGAAAAAAGAUGAAUCGAUUGUAUGAAAUAUGAUGUAAAGAGAGAAAACCAAAACUGUGCAGUGGGCGGUCCAGGGACUGGUGUUAAUAUUGGUAGAUGUGGUCAUGGGCUCACCUGUGAACCUUCUGGUGAUGGAGCGGGCUUCUGUGCCAGAUUGGAUUCAAAAUGCCACAGAGCGCAAGAUGAUUUCGACGACCGUUACAUGAAGGGCGAGACUGGCGUACUAGAGGAACGGCCUAGCUGCGACGGCAAAGGGAACUACAAUGCCGUCUCUUGUAUACCUACACAGACAUGUUUCUGCCAAUCUGAGGAGGGAGAAAGAUUGUUCGGCGAAGUGUUAUACAUGGGGAGACGUACGAAAGAAAGCCUACACUGUGGUUGCUCCCGUUUCCACGACAAAUUGAGGAGAAUUAUCAGUCCAGGUGUUCCGCUACCAAUCGUUGGUCCUCGAUGCACGACGGAUGGAAGUUUCAACCCUAUACAGUGUCUGAAUAAUAUAUGUCAUUGCGUUGAUACAAUCACUGGGGAGAUUAAGAAUGGAUAUGGCAUUACGACGAUCGAUUUGCGUGAGGCGCCUAUAGCCAAUUUGAGUUGCUAUAACCGCAACCUAGACCUCUUUCCUGACCAGUCCACCGGAGAACCAACGUACAAUUACACCACUCCGUGUUUAGAUAAAAUGAACGAAACUAUACACUACAUCUUGCAGAGUGAAAAAGAUGGAUUUGAUAUGGACUACUUUACUACAGUUUCUGAGUGUCUACCGGACGGAACGUACGGCAGGAUUGUUCGGACCAGAAAUGGAACGAAAAUGUGCGUCGACGACCGGGGGCAUCAGAUUGAAAACUACCAAGCAGAGCCCCAUACACCUGAAUAUGAAUCAAUGGAUUGCAAAUGUGCGUUAACCUCCGAGAUAAUGGCAACAUCAGCUGAGAAGCCUGUAUGCUGCAAAAAUGGUAACUUCAGAAGAAUCCAAUGCCGUCGGGGUCUGUGUAGGUGUGUGGACUCCGAUGGCCGUCAGGAGGGACCCCAUUCAGCGAGCGUCACUUCGUUGGAAUGUUACAAAGAAGAUUGGCAAAAUUGUUAAUAUACUGUUAAGCUGAAUUAUUGAAAUAUGUUUAAUUAUAGCAAACUUAUUUAUAUUUAUG